CAUCUUAUAAUGUGUUUAGACACAACGCUCUCUCACAAAGACACAUCUUCGCACGUGCCACUCUUUCUCUUUUCUCUCUUCUUGUCUUAGUUUCUGUUUUUUCUUCUACUACUACUAUACAUAGCAUUACUACUACUGCUGUUCUUCUCUGUUCCCUGCUUCCCUCUCUUCAGGCCCUGUUAGAGAGAGAAAGAGUGGGAAACUUUCAGAGAGAAAAAAUUGCUUAGAGAGAGAGAGGGGGGAGUUGGGCUUUUGUUGUUCUACUCAUUGGUCUUGAUGAAAGGGGAAGCAAAGAUGGUGUUUAAGUCCAAAAUGAAAUGGGUUGGUCUGGUUGGGCUUGUUCUCUCUGCUAUUUCUCUCUUUGUUCACAUCUUAUUGGCUAGAUUUACAGAUGGGGGUAUUUCAGAGUACCAGUCCACUAUCACAAUCUUCUCUAGACGAUCCAUUGGUGAAGAUUUUUCCAAAACUAGUCGAUUGUAUAAAAGGCUAUGGGGACCAGUGAGGCGUCUUGAAUCUUUGCACCCUGAUGCUAAUCCCAGAAGAUACUAUGCUGAUCCAUCUUCACGUACAAAUAGAUUUAUCUUUGUCAGGAUACAAGGGGGUUUCCACGAGAUCAGGAAUGCGAUAUCUGAUGUGGUAGUCGUUGCUCGAUUUCUUAACGUGACCUUAGUAAUUCCUGAGAUUCUAUCGGCCACAAGUAGUAAAGGAAUCAGUUCUCAGUUCAAGAGUUUUGCAUACCUCUACAAUGAGGACCAAUUCAUGGCUGCAUUAGCAAAAGACGUUGUAGUUGUUAAGACACUUCCUAAACAUCUUAAAGGAGAAAGGAGAAAAAAGAAAAUUCCAGUUUUCAAAGUGCCUUUUGCUGCUUCACCAUAUUAUUAUCAGCACCAUGUUCUUCCUAUGCUAAAGAAGCACCUAGUGGUUGAACUCGUUGUGUCUGAAGGUGGAUGUUUGCAGGCUAUCCUUCCACCCGAACUUGAAGAAUAUCAGAGGCUGAGAUGCAGGGUUGCUUUUCAUGCCCUUCAAUUUCGGCAGGAAGUCCAGGAACUUGCAACUAAAAUAUUAAACAGGUUGCGGGCUCCUGGACUGCCAUUUAUUGCAUUUGAUCCCGGGAUGACUAGAGAUGCUUUAGCAUAUUAUGGCUGUGCUGAACUUUUCCAGGACGUACACACUGAGCUCAUUCAGCACAGAAGAGCUUGGAUGCGUAAACGUGGAAUUGUUAAAGGCAAUCUUAGAGUGAAUUCAGCUAACAAACGUCUUAACGGUUCUUGCCCGCUAAUGCCAGAAGAGGUUGGUAUUCUUCUCCGUGCAUACGGAUACUCGUGGGACACUAUCAUAUACGUUUCUGGGGGAGAAAUCUUUGGGGGACAAAGGACAUUAAUACCUUUUCGUGGAAUGUUUGAGAAUGUUGUGGAUAGGACUUCUCUCAGUACCCCUUGGGAAAUCAGUAGGAUUUAUGGCCGGGAGGCCAACCUUGAAGAUGGUUUUCAUAAGUCUCCCCCUUCCGUGGAAGAAGAGAUGAAAGUUGAAGCUUGGAAAACUGCAGGCCCACGUCCUCGACCACUUCCACCACCUCCAGCACGACCAAAAUCCUAUAACGUUGAAGGUUGGUGGGGUUGGGUGGCUGAGAGCGACAAUGAGCCUGACAGUACGGUUAUAGAAUUAAGGACCAAUGCUCAUAAAUUACUAUGGGAAGCCAUUGAUUAUGUUAUAUGUGUUGAAGCUGAUGUAUUCAUCCCAGGAUUCGAUCGUGAUGGUAAGGGCCAUCCCAAUUUUGCAAGCUUAGUGAUGGGUCACCGGCUUUAUCAAUCAGCUGCAUCAAAAACAUACCGACCAGACAGAAAAAAAGUUGCUAAGCUUUUAGAUGAAAUUCGGGAGCAUCUGUAUCAUGCAAAUCAUACUUGGUUGACCUCAGUGCGCAAGCAUUUGCGAAAAACACUGGUUGAUGGAUUACUAGAAGCAUCAAGAUCAUCAAAGUCAAAAUCUUUCAUAUCUCAUCCAGUCCCCGAGUGUUCUUGCUUGAGGCAUGAUUCUGCUGAAAAAACUACUCAAGCUUCAAGUCCUACCUCUGCCUCACAGGCCCUGGCUGCACUCGGUGUUGUUCAUAGAUGCCCUGUUUGGAUGGACAGCGAAUCGACAUUGCAUUCAAGAGAGAAGGAAAAUGAAGAGGAUUUCGACGAAGAUGAUUCCAUAUCAUCUGGACUGUUUUUUGACCAGGACAGCGAAAACCAAGAAGGUGGUGGAGCUGGAGAGUUAAGCAACAAAGAAGAAGCUCAACUCGAGGAUCAAGAAGAGGAGGGUGGAGAAAGAUGACAGGUAUGCUAUAUGAGUUCUAUGAUCAUUCUUUGAUUUUCCAAGAUAGGAUCAACUCACUCAGCUCGACCGCCUACAAGAUAGUCUUACUCUAGCUAUUGCAAGACAAAGUGGAAAGCUGAGUUUUCCAUCUGUGUUCCGAAAACACAGUGACUCGAAACACAUGCCCUUUUGCUAGGCAGCUCUAUUAUCAUAGAAAGAAAGAAAAAACACUAGUCCAUUGUAAGUAAUUCAAUUCAAUUCCCCACCAUAACCUAUUUGAUGUUAACUUCUUUUUGGCCCCCGAGAAAGCCUUAGAUUAAGUUCCUUGUUGCCUAUAAUAUUAUCAAUAGGUUUAUAUAAACUUUGUCAAGCAAGUGUCAUACAAUAAUGUUCAUGCUUGACACCCAUGAUUAAAAAUAAUUUGUCAGGCCAAUGGUUUGGUUUGUUCAUCAGAAUUAUGGUUCCACUCUUCAUGGAAAUAAAUUGUCAUUCUGGUUAGUAAAUUCACGGCCUUCUUUGAAGGACAGUUUUGCCA